CCGCUCGUGACCCAUUUGGGAUCGAGCGUCGGUGACUCGGUGCCACUCGUGCGAGUCCUCCACGAGUUAUGCAAAUUUAAGGAGGGAGAAGGAGGGGGAGACAGAGAUAGAGAGAGAGAGAGAGAUUUUGAUUAUAUAAAAGCCAUGGAGAACGAUACCAUUGCCUCAACAAAUUGAGGGACAUAAAGAGAGAGAGAGAGAGAAGACGGAGGACCUCUUUAUAUGCUGAGAGAUAGAGAAAGUUGAAUGGCGGAUUCAAGUGAUUCGGUGUCGGUGGAUAUGGAGGGAGUUCCUAUUGGUGGAAAGGAGCAUCAUGUAAAAACUUGUCAUGGAUAUGUGUCUGUUGCUGUGUUUGGAGAUCAGGACAAGCCCGCUCUUAUUACCUAUCCCGAUUUAGCUUUAAACCAUGUGUCCUGCUUUCAAGGAUUACUCUUUUGUCCAGAAGCAUGUUCCUUGCUGCUCCAUAACUUUUGCAUAUAUCAUAUUAGUCCUCCUGGACAUGAGUUGGGAGCUGAAACAAUUAGCAAUGAUUAUCCUAUGCUUUCUGUUGAGGACUUAGUGGAUCAGAUUGCUGAUGUUCUUAACUUUUUUAGACUUGGUGCAGUGAUGUGCAUGGGUGUUACAGCUGGAGCUUACAUCCUUACCUUAUUUGCUAUGAAAUAUAGACAACAUGUCUUGGGUUUGAUACUUGUUUCUCCUUUAUGUAAAGCACCCUCUUGGACAGAAUGGUUGUAUAAUAAGGUGAUAUCAAAUUUACUUUACUUUUACGGCAUGUGUGGAGUGGUGAAGGAGUUAUUACUCAAGCGAUACUUCAGUAAGGAAGUUCGUGGCAGUGCUCAAGUACCAGAAUCUGAUAUAGUUCAGGCAUGCAGAAGGUCCCUUGACGAAAGGCAGAGUUCAAAUAUUUGGCGAUUUCUCGAAGCAAUUAAUGGGAGACCUGACAUUACAGAUGGAUUGAGAAAGCUACAGUGUCGUUCCCUAAUUUUUGUUGGGGAUUCUUCUCCAUUUCAUGCUGAGGCUCUCUACAUGACCUCAAAACUAGACAGACGGUAUAGUGCCUUGGUUGAGGUUCAGGCAUGCGGGUCUAUGGUGACAGAGGAGCAACCUCAUGCCAUGUUGAUGCCUCUGGAGUACUUUCUCAUGGGAUAUGGCUUGUACAGGCCAUCUCAAUCAAGUGUCAGCCCAAGAAGUCCCUUGAGUCCUUCAUGCAUUGCGCCAGAGCUCCUUUCACCAGAAAGUAUGGGUUUGAAGCUGAAACCAAUAAAAACUCGGAUUUCUCUAGAAGUCUAAAUCGUAAGAGGGUUGGUAAAUCGUUGUGUAAUCUAUUUAUGGAAAGCGGUGUAAUUUCUUCUUUGAAUUGGUUGGGGAUGAUAAGCGAUGGGGAGUCUGUAGAUAGGGAAAGAAAGAGAGAUACCGGGGAAGGGGGGGGGGGGGGGGGGGGGGGAGGGGAAUAAAAAUUAGAAAGAAAGCAGAAUAUCGUCAUUCUUUCAUUUGUAACCAUAAAGCUUGAUUGAGGAUAUCCAUCUUGUCUGUAAAUUCUCGAAAUAAUUGUAUAACAAUGACAAACAAAGAAUAAUAAUAAUAAUAAUAAUAAUACGAAUAUGGUGAA